ACUCCAAUCCUAAAGAAAACUUAUGAGGGGCAACCCCACCACAGCUUUCCAUCCAUCAUCUACCACCCCCACCGCCAAUAAUACCCAUAGGAUAUACUAAUACGUGGACAAUGUCCGGGAAUCCUUCACCUUCGCCGCCAGCGAGUCCGGAGAUUGAUGACGAUACCAAGACGGUUAUUGGGAUCGCGUUCGGGAAUACCACAAGUUCUAUUGCCUAUACUACUCCGGUUUGUGUACCUUUUUCCGUUCUCGGGGGUUCGGGGCUGACGACGUACAGGAUGGCAAAGCAGAGGUUAUCGCGAAUGAAGAAGGAGGUUCGAUUGUUACGGGUGAAUGGAUGGUGAUGGGACGAAAGGCUGACAGAAAAUAUUAGAUCGACAAAUUCCUUCGGUACUAUCAUGGGUCGGCUCGGAAGAGUACCACGGGACACAAGCGAAAUCGCAUCUGGUUCGGAAUGCAAAGAACACUGUAGCGUACUUCCGGGACUUCCUUGGGAAGAAGUACUCCGAGAUCGAUCCUACGAAUAGCCAUAACUCUGCUCACCCAGUGGACAUCGAUGGGGUGCCAUCAUUCAAUCUCCAGCAGGCGGACGACGAGACUGUUUCCACCGCUAGCAUCAAUGAGAUCGCCACGAGACACCUUAUCCGGCUUAGGGACUCCGCGUCGGACUUUUUGGGGCGCAAGGUUACCGGUGCCGUGAUCACCGUUCCGACCGACUUUUCAGACUCCCAGAGAGAAGCGCUUGUGGCCGCAGCUAAGGCUGGGGAGCUUGAGGUUUUGCAGAUAAUUCACGAGCCGGUGGCAGCUGUCCUUGCGUACGCUGCUAGGCAGACACCUGAAGAGCAGAGUGUUGAUAAGAAUAUUUUGGUGGCGGAUCUCGGGGGCACUAGGUGUGAUGCUGCUGUUGUAGCAUCUAGGGGUGGGAUGUACACCAUUCUUGCGACGGCUCAUGAUUAUGGACUUGGCGGGCUGAAGCUUGAUGAGGUGCUUGUGGAUCACUUUUCGAAAGAGUUUAUCAAGAAGCAUAAGGUUGAUCCGCGAAGCGAGAGGUCGCUCGCCAAGCUGAGAUUGGAGGCUGAGGGGACGAAGAGGACUUUGUCGCUGGGCACCUCGGGGACCAUUUCUAUCGAGUCGCUUGCCGAUGGAUAUGACUUCCAUUCUACCGUCAAUAGGCUGCGGUACGAACUUUCGGCGAAGAAGGUAUUCGACCAGAUUGUGUCACUCGUGGAGAACGUUGUAAAGAAAGCGGAGCUGGACUUGCUAGACAUUGGCGAGGUCUGCCCCCUCGCCCUAUAACUAGCUGUCUAGUUCUAACCACGAUCCAGGUGAUCCUCUCGGGCGGAACCUCGCACACCCCAAAAAUCGCCUCUCGCAUCGCCGCCCUCUUCCCAGCGUCGGUGCCGGUAAACGCCCCGGCAACACUCACAACGUCACUCAAUCCAUCAGAACUCUCGGCUCGCGGUGCAGCAAUCCAAGCCUCUCUAAUUGCCGAAUUCGACAAGGAAGACAUCGAGCAAUCCACCCACCCGGCAGUAACCGUAACCCCUCACCUCUCACAUCCAAUCGGUGUCGUAAUCGGCGAAGACGACAGCUUCCAGACAAUGCUAGAAGCCCAGACGGCCGUCCCAGCUCGGAGGAUUGCCCAAUUCGACGUUCGGGCUACCGGCGACGUGAUCGUUAGAAUCUGUGAGGGUAUCAGGGAAAUUGUGAUUGAGAAGGUUGAGCGACAAGUCAAUGGAGAGAAGGACGAGGAUGACAGCGAGGAUGAAGAGGAUGAAGCGGGGGGGGAAGAGGAAGAACGCAACCGCGUACUAAAGGUGCACAAAGUCAUUGCCGAAGCAGCCGUCAAGGGCGUCAAGAAAGGCGGGAAAGUCGAGGUUACCAUCAACGUCGGCUCGGAUCUUGGCCUGAAUGUCGCUGCCAGGGUGAUUGGCACGCAAAUUGGAGUUAGGGGAGAGGUUAGGCCUGAGGCUGGAUCUGCGUAAGGCUCUACUCGUGUGGUCGUACGUGCACGGAAAAUUGGAGAUAAAAGUUCGGUUGCUUACUUGCUCUUAAAGCGGGAUUUUCUGUUGGCCCUUUUUUUUCCCUUCUUUUCUUCCCCUUUCGCAAACCCUAUGUGUGUGUGCUUUCUAUCCUAGUUUCUGCUUCCCCAGCUCGGUAAUAGAUUGUGUGUAGCUUGAAAUUUAUUGAUCGGAUGGGCCGGUCAUCGAUUAUCACUCA